GCUACGACUCUCUUUCUCACCACAAAAAUCGACGCGAACGCUAUCGAAAGGUCGGUACUCUAUUGUUGUAAUGACGCGUUAAGUGAUGAAAUUCGUGUGCUGAUCGAAUCUAGCGCCUAGGGUUGUUAUUUAAUGUGUAGAGUGAGUGUUCGAGUGUCCCGACAACAUGCAUAUAUCCUUGUGGAAGCCGCCGCGGGUGGCAAGUAGUGUCAUCCAAUAAGCCAUUCGAUAUGUUAGUUUUUGCUACAUUUUUAUUGUUGUAGAGCGUCGAGCGGCCCAGUUUAAUUGGUUAAUUAGGUUAGUGUUAAUUAGGUUAGGUCGGCGAGUUGUUCCGCGUGAGCAGGCGUGUGAACGGAGUCAGGUGUGCAAGUGUAUGUGCAUCAGCACGUGGUUUUUGCAAUGUUAACAUCCGGGUUUGUUAUCACAUGUUAAUUCCCCGUAUGUGUUAUCGUUUUCCCGUAUGUUUUUACAAACAUGCAACGAUGCUCUGUCUUCAUUGUGCUCGUCGCUGUCUGUAUCGUAUACUGUCAAGUGCCUCUACCGGAUAGACGACUGCGCAUGAUCUUUUCGGCCGAACACAAAACCGAUCUUCCCGCAUUCGUGCAUCUUCUCAAGGAACAUCCGGGAACCAUAAACAUAGCAUCCGCCUAUUGCUACACUCUGGGCAUUGUGUCGCCAAACACAACACUCUUACCGGACAAUUUCUGUUGGGACUAUUUUACAAAACCAGUACAAGCUCUCCAACCAAAAAUCCACAUUCAUCCUAUCAUCCAGAUGGGCGGGGACAAUGCAAUAGCUAAUUUUGGUCGAGCGGAAAUUUUUGUCAAACUUUUCGUCCCUGAAGCUCUAAAAUACAACUACUCUGGAUACUUCAUGGAUGUCGAGUUUCAUGGCGAUAAGCACUAUCACGAGGCCGAGAGAUAUCACGAGUUUCUUCAUGUGUUUGGGUCGGCUCUGCAUGAGCAUAAUAUCUCGUUGACCGUGUUGUCGAGAUCGGAUAAUUCUCAUGCCACUCCGAUAUCGAUUAUUAAUGUCACCGGUGGAGUGGAUGCUUUCGUUGUUGAAGAGAGCAGCCGGAAUUGGAAAGAGGUCAUUGCCUUCAUCAGAGCACUCACCUAUCACUACAGAAACAAAGCCGGCACGCUCAUCUACCCGAAUGGCGAGCUCAACAGCAAAUACUUCAUUCAGAGCAUCUUCCAAGCAAUGACAGACGUUCACGCUCAAGAGCUCGCAUUCUUUGCAAACUUCCACGAUAUGGGAGACGUCUGGUUUCCAGAGAUGUCCAACUGGCUUGAAGGCAAACCGAAUGCCACACACACACACACACACACACACACACACACACACACACACACACACACACACACACACACACACACAUAUCCACAGCUGAGCGAAGCAAGCAAACAGAUAAAGUGAAGUCACCCAA